AUGUUCGCCUUCUUCGACAACGUGUCGAUCGGUCUUGGCUGCAAGUUCUCCAAUGCCACUACCGAGGCAGAGUUUACACUGGAUCCCAAUAUGCUCGCCUCUGAGCUGAACCCCGAGGAGGACAAGUGGACAGACGAGGAGUUGGUCAAAUGCUUUGAGCACGAGGCCUGCCGCAUCAAAGCCAGCUUCCAGGAAAUCAACGCCGAGGAAUUGGCCAAGAGCAUUGGUGUCCGGUGGCUUCGGCGCGUUGAGAAGGACAAGGCAGACGUGAAGCUGGGAGGCAGACACCUGCGAGCGCUCCUGCGCAGCCGCGCCAUAGAUAUCUACCUCGGAGCGCUGACCCGCUCUCAGGUCGGGCGAAAAGCUAUCUAUAUUGCUGCGAGCAUCGACCCAGAGCGGGAGAGCUUGGAAAGUGCAGACAUUUCCCUGGCUGUGCCACUGCGAUUGCUAUUGGCGCAGGCAUCAGAUGCCACGCCUGUGGUGAUGGACUCCCUCCUGCUGCUUCUGUCGGAUGUGGCAGAAAGAUCUGCGGCGACAGUUCCGAAGUCCUCAGAACUUGCAGCUGUCAACCAAGACCUUCAAUGGGUGCUGCUAAUGAUGUCAGCUGCAGCGAUCGAUUUCACAGAGGUGCCGGUGCGCAUGAGCAGCAACACCCACAAGGCUGUCCGCUCGAAGAUUCAAGAGCUCUUGGAGUGGUGGAAGGCCAUCGUUCUACCUUUGGGGGAGCCGUUUGUCGACCGCUUCGAAGUUGGCGCCGAAGUCUGGGCCGAAUACCCCCGGAACGGCCGCUGGUUCCGAGCACAGAUCAAAGAGGUGGCCGCAGAACAUUGCAUGGUCCAGUGGCACGAGUAUCAGAGACUGCGCCGCCAGCCUGUAGCCUUAGCGGGAGAGCCUGACGAGAGCUUCCUUGGGCUGGAGCUGCGUCAUGCAAACUACGGCCACGUGGGUGCCCGUGAAGAGCUGCGGCGUGUUCUGAGAGUUUUCGCGCUGAGAUACAGGCCGAUUGGCUUCAACCCAGACCUUGCGAUUCUGGCCUCGCUGCUGUUGGCGACGGUUGGAAGAGAGGCUGAUGCCUACAGCCUCCUGGUGGGCGCUGUGGAGCAUUUCGACCUGCAGCCCUUGUGUGUUCCUGCAUUGGAAACAGCCCACGGCCGCCGAAUCCUGGAUGACCAGGUGUACGAGGUCCUCGACUCCUUCUCCAUCCUCUGCCCGAAGACCGUGGCAGCGAUCAAAGCUCAAAACUGCGACCGGCAACUAGAGCAGCUCGUGUCGCGGUGGUUCGCUAGCCUUUUCUGUUGCGGAUUCGACCGGGACGAGCAAGACUUCGAAACUUUCUGCCUGUUCUUGGACAAGGUCAUCACAGAGUUGCACGACGACCCUCACAGCUGGCUUCGGCAUGUCGCGCUGUCCAUCUUGCUGCUGAACUCUGCGCGGAUGAACUUGACAGCCAAAGAAGGACUUCUUCAACAAGAGUUGGAGCAUCUGGAGAGGCACAUUCCUGUGAGCGAUGCGCUGCUGGACCUUCUUACGCAUCCGCUCCAGCCGAGGCAAAUGGCUGCCUUCACGCGCUUGUCCUUUGUUCCCUUUGGGAUGCUUUGCGGCUGGUCGACCGGCAUGAUGCUCUCCUACGAUCUGGGUUUGACGUCGCUUCCUCUGGGGGCGCUUUGCUCGCUCGGAUGUUUACUAGGAGGGGCAGUUGUCUACAACUGUGGCAUCGAGCCAGGCUACAGCAGCAUGGCCUCUCUCUUCAAGUCCCUGGCCACGCCCAACGAUCUCCAUUCGGAAGUUCAGAGCCUAUCGAACGGCACAGAUGGCAGCAUUCUGUGGCGUGAGGACCCGUGUGCGCUGGAGCACGCCGAGGAGCGAACAGAACCAGAGCCUUCCGAUGAAGUGAGCGAUCCUUGCAGUGCGGUCGAUGACUUCCUUUCCACGGCCCGUGUGCUUUCUUAG